AUGGCUUUCUCUCUGCUUCCCUUUCUCCUCUACUCACUGAUUCUGCAAUCCGUCGGUGUUGCAGCUCAAACCAAAAGUACCAUAGCCAUCGGUGAUUCUUUUACUGCAGGAACCAACACCUCUCCAUGGUUGUUUUCACCUUCUGGUGACUUUGCCUUUGGUUUUCUUCCACUCAAAGACACUAAUCUUUUUUUGCUUUCCAUUUGGUAUGCAAAAAUUUCUGAGAAAACUAUUGUGUGGUAUGCUAAUGGAGAUAGUCCUGCACCAAAAGGGUCAAAAGUGCAACUCACUGCCAAAGAUGGGUUGGUGCUAACUUCUCCAAAUGGUGUCAAGUUAUGGAAUACCGAGGGACUCAACAGCGCAGUUUCUCGAGGUGUGUUCAAUGACACCGGCAACUUUGUGCUCGAGGAUGGUCAUUUCAAUAGUCUUUGGGAAACUUUCAAGUUUCCUAGUGACACCUUGUUGCCUUCUCAGGUUGUUGAGAAAGGAAGAAAGCUCUCUUCAAGGCUUAAGGAGACAGAUUUCAGUAAAGGAAGGUUUGAGCUUCUUUUACAAAGUGAUGGUAAUCUUGUUAUGCAUUCUAUUAAUUUACCAUCUGGUUAUGUCAAUGAGAACUACUAUGAAAGUCAAACAGUUGGAUCCAGUAAAUCUAGUGCUGGAACUCUACUGGUUUUUGACAGAUCAGGGGACUUGUAUGUCUUGGGAGAGAACAAUGAGAAAUACAAUGUGUCAGGAGAAGAGAGUAAAGUUUCUACCACGGAUUUUUAUCUUAGAGCAACUCUUAAUUUUGAUGGAGUGUUCACACUUUUCAAGCAUCCGAAGAGUUCAACAAAGAGUGAAGGUUGGACCACAGUGUGGUCCAUACCUGAUAAUAUAUGUCUUUAUACUGUCAGUUCUGGUAGUGGUGUUUGUGGAUACAAUAGCUUUUGCACUUUGGGAGAUGAUAAGAGACCAACAUGUCAGUGUCCAAAAAGUUACUCACUGGUUGAUCCUGGUGAUCCAUAUGGUAGCUGUAAGCCAGAUUUCAUACAAGGAUGUGUAGAAAGAAAUGAUCUCUACGACUUUGAUAUUUUGAUAGACACCGAUUGGCCUUUAUCAGAUUAUGUGCUUCAAAGGCCUUUUACUGAAGAACAAUGUAGGAAAUCUUGUUUGGAAGAUUGCUUUUGUUCGGUGGCAAUUUUCAGGUUAGGGGAUAGUUGUUGGAAGAAGAAGUUACCACUCUCAAAUGGGAGAGUUGAUGCAACUCUCAAUGGUGCUAAGGCCUUCUUGAAAGUGAAAAAAGGCAGUGUCUCCCUUGGUUGA